GUCACUCCUGUAAGGAUCCCUGGGGUGCUAUAAAUACUUCAAGGCUUCAAGCAAACAACAUAGACUACCACUGAGAUCAAGAGAAAAGCUUGUUUAUAUAUAUUAUAUAAUUCGGGUUUUAUAUUACCUUUUGAAGCAAAGAUGUCGAACAUCCAAGAAAAUUUGAAGGCAGGGGAAUCCCAGGUCCAGGAUACAGCCAAUGCAGCCAAAAACAAGACCACUGAUGUAGCUCAAUCAGCUAAAGACAAGACAGUUGAUGCAACUCAAUCAACUAAGGAAUCUGCCCAGCAAGGGAAGGACCAAAGUGCCGGUUUCCUCCAGCAGACAGGGGAACAGGUGAGGAACAUGGCUGAGGGAGCUGUGGGCAAUGUGAAGAGCACACUUGGAAUGGGUGACAAGAAAUGAAGGAAAAACAUCUCUCUGUCUCUCAUUAUGAUGUGGUGCUGCAUUAAUGGAUUUAGGUUUUUCUAAGUUGUCGCAAAAUUGUGUGUUGGGGUGAGAUUUGAGAUUUCUUUUAAGAAAACUCCUCGAUCGGUUGUAAUAAGGCCUAGUCUUUUGUUUUCAAUCUUUUACCUUCUUCAUUGUAGUAGGCAGAUAUAAUAUGGCUUAACAAUAAUGCAAUUGUAAUGCAAAAGAAUUCUGAUUUGUUUCAGUUUCACCUUC